AUGGCAGACGGCUACCUGUCACACCGGCCGAAAGAGAAGGUUCGAACGGACAGCAACAACGAGAACUCGGUGCCCAAAGAUUUUGAGAACGUGGAUAACAGCAACUUUGCACCCAGGACUCAGAAGCAGAAGCCCCUGCCCGAGUUGGCCAAAAGGCCAGCAAGUAAACCCAAAGAGCUUUUGAGGAAGAAGCUGGAGCAGGAGGACAAAGGGAGGGGCCGGCCGUUCCUGGGCAAGGGGGCCAAUCAGGUGGUGCCUCCGGGUCACGAGAGGGCCCCGGUCAACAGCAGCCAUGCCAAGGAUGCCCCCCGGCAGGCCCACAUCAAGAGGAGUGGGGCCAGCUCUCCUGAGAUCAAAUACGACCAGCCUCCCAAGUGUGCCAUCUCGGGCAAGGAGGCCAUCUCGGCCCUCUCUCGCUCAAAGUCCAAGGACUGUCGUCAGGAGAUCGCCGAAACCUACUGUCGCCACAAGCUGGGCCUCCUGAUGCCUGAGAAGGUGGCUCGAUUCUGCCCACUGGAAGGCAAAGCCAACAAGAACGUGCAGUGGGAUGAGGACUCGGUGGAGUACAUGCCUACCAACCCGGUGAGAAUCGCCUUCGUCCUGGUGGUCCAUGGCCGCGCCUCCCGGCAGCUACAGCGCAUGUUCAAGGCUAUCUACCACAAAGACCACUUCUACUACAUCCACGUGGACAAGCGUUCAAACUACCUGCACCGGCAAGUGCUCCAGUUCACCAGGCUGUAUGCGAACGUGCGCGUCACGCCCUGGAGGAGGGCCACCAUCUGGGGGGGUGCCAGCCUGCUGUCCACCUACCUGCAGAGCAUGCGGGACCUGCUGGAGAUGACCGACUGGCCCUGGGACUUCUUCAUCAACCUCAGCGCGGCUGACUAUCCCAUCAGGACAAACGACCAGUUGGUGGCUUUUCUCUCCCGAUACCGAACUAUGAAUUUCCUGAAGUCGCAUGGCCGAGACAACGCAAGGUUCAUCCGGAAACAGGGCCUGGACCGGCUGUUCCUCGAGUGUGAUGCCCACAUGUGGCGCCUGGGGGAUCGGCGCAUCCCGGAGGGCAUCGCGGUGGAUGGCGGCUCCGAUUGGUUCCUGCUGAACCGCAAGUUUGUGGAGUAUGUGACAUUCUCCACAGAUGAUCUGGUGACCAAGAUGAAGCAGUUCUACUCCUACACCCUGCUUCCUGCUGAGUCCUUCUUCCACACGGUCCUGGAGAACAGCCCGCACUGCGACACCAUGGUGGACAACAACCUGCGCAUCACCAACUGGAACCGCAAGCUGGGCUGCAAGUGCCAGUACAAGCACAUCGUGGACUGGUGCGGCUGCUCGCCCAACGACUUCAAGCCCCAGGACUUCCACCGCUUCCAGCAGACGGCCAGACCCACCUUCUUUGCCCGGAAGUUUGAAGCUGUGGUGAAUCAGGAGAUCAUCGGGCAGCUGGACUACUACCUGUAUGGGAACUACCCCGCGGGCACCCCCGGCCUCCGCUCCUACUGGGAGAAUGUGUAUGACGAGCCGGACGGCGUCCACAGCCUGAGCGAUGUGGCCCUCACCUUGUACCACUCCUUCUCCCGCCUGGGCCUCCGCAGGGCCGAGAUGUCCUUGCACAGCGAUGGGGACAACAGCUGCCGGUAUUACCCGAUGGGCCACCCAGCGUCUGUCCACCUCUACUUCCUUGCUGACCGCUUCCAGGGCUUCCUCAUCAAGCACCACGCUACCAAUCUGGCUGUGAGCAAACUCGAAACCCUGGAGACGUGGGUGAUGCCCAAGAAAGUCUUCAAGAUCGCCAGUCCACCCAGCGACUUCGGGAGACUUCAGUUUUCUGAGGUCGGCACUGACUGGGAUGCUAAGGAGAGGCUGUUCCGCAAUUUUGGGGGUCUCCUGGGACCCAUGGAUGAGCCAGUGGGCAUGCAGAAGUGGGGGAAGGGUCCCAACGUGACUGUGACUGUCAUCUGGGUGGACCCCGUCAAUAUCAUCGCAGCCACCUACGACAUCCUGAUUGAGUCCACUGCCGAAUUCACUCACUACAAACCUCCUUUGAACUUGCCCCUGAGACCCGGGGUCUGGACCGUGAAAAUUUUACACCACUGGGUGCCCGUUGCGGAGACUAAAUUCCUUGUUGCACCGCUGACUUUCUCUAACAGGCAGCCCAUCAAACCAGAGGAGGCGCUGAAGCUGCACAACGGCCCCCCGCAUGGCGCCUACAUGGAGCAGAACUUCCAGAGCCUGAACCCCGUGCUCAGCCUGCCCAUCAGCCCCGCCCAGGUGGAGCAGGCCCGGCGGCACGCAGCAUCCGCAGGCGCCGUCCUAGAGGGCUGGCUGGACUCGCUGGUGAGCAGUGUGUGGACUGCCAUGGACAUCUGCACCACCGGGCCCUCCGCCUGCCCCGUCAUGCAGGCCUGCACCCAGACAGCCUGGAGCUCCUUCAGCCCGGACCCCAAAUCCGAGCUGGGGGCCGUCAAACCCGAUGGCCGCCUCAGGUAG